UGGAACGAGGUCCAACGGUUGUACAAGCAAACCUUAUUACGAUCUAUUUAGCAGAGAAGUCAUCGAUUACUUUAACAAAGACUCCGCCAUGGCUGUUCCUUUCCUAAGCUCUUCUCUUCAACUCACAGCUACUUCUCCUAUCCUCUUCACUAAAUUAACAACACCCAUAAUCCACAACCAGAGAACAACAACAUGCACCGCCCCAACGAAACCCCGAUUCCAUCUCCUCCGCCGUUCCGCCGCCCCCGGAACUGCCGUAGCUGAUCAGACAGAAGGAGGAGGAGGAGGAGGAGAGGUUCUUUUAAACCCUGAAGAAGAGAAACGUGUUGAGGUGGUUGAUUAUGAUUGGACAGAGGAGUGGUACCCUUUGUAUCUCACCAAGAAUGUUCCCGACGAUGCGCCGCUUGGCCUCACCGUGUAUGAUCGUCAAAUAGUUUUGUAUAAAGACGGUGAAGGAACACUUCGUUGUUACGAGGAUCGUUGUCCUCAUCGGUUGGCUAAGUUGUCUGAAGGACAAUUAAUUGAUGGGAGAUUGGAAUGUCUGUAUCAUGGUUGGCAAUUUGAAGGAGAUGGCAAAUGUGUCAAGAUUCCUCAGCUUCCUGCGAGUGCCAAGAUUCCAAAGGUGGCUUGUGUGAAGACGUAUGAGGUGAAGGAUUCACAAGGAGUUGUAUGGGUGUGGAUGUCAACAAAGACACCUCCAAACCCUGAAAAGCUUCCUUGGUUUGAGCAUUUUGCUAGACCGGGUUUUUUCGACAUAUCGACGACUCAUGAGCUUCCUUAUGACCAUUCCAUUCUUCUAGAGAAUCUGAUGGAUCCGGCUCAUGUCCCUAUUUCUCAUGAUAGAACUGACUUCACUGCUAAAAGAGAAGAUGCUCAGCCUCUGGUUUUUGAGGUCACUGAGCGGACUAACCGGGGUUUCGCAGGGACUUGGGGACGGGAGAAAGAAGGCGGUAAAGGGAGUAAUUUACUUCGGUUUGAUGCUCCAUGUGUUCUGCAGAACAAUCGAGAAUUUGAAGGGAAGGACGGUGUGAAGAAUUACUUUUCAGGGCUGUUUCUUUGUAGACCUACAGGGCAAGGGAAGUCUAUGCUUAUUGUUAGGUUUGGGGUCACGAAAAGAUCACCUUUGGUUUCAGUGUUACCUCAAUGGUUUUGGCAUCAGAACGCCUGCAAGGUAUUUGAACAAGACAUGGGGUUCCUAUCGUCUCAAAACGAGGUUCUGAUGAAGGAGAAAGUACCAACUAAGGAUUUGUAUUUAAAUCUUAAGUCAUCUGAUACAUGGGUUGCUGAGUAUAGAAAAUGGAUGGACAAAGUUGGUCAUGGGAUGCCUUAUCAUUUCGGGCAUAGGACCAUAUCUCUCCCCAAGGUUCCUCCAGUAGUGGAACACGCCCCAGCAGGGCUCAUUGCAGCUCUUUCGGCUUCUUACCCUGCAAAAGGAGGAAUAGGAACUAUGCACGCUCCCAAUUUGGCUAACCGGUACUUCAGACAUAUUAUCCAUUGUAGAAGCUGCAGCAAAGUAAUCAAAUCUUUUGAGCUCUGGAAAAAUAUCCUCUCUGCCACGGCACUGGUUUUGACGACUUUGGCCAUUCUUGUGGUUAGUAGACAGUGGAAGGCUGUCCUGUUAGGUUCAGCAGCGUUGUGUUCAGCCGUGGCUUAUGCUUGCUUAAGAGCUAUAGAACUAAACACCAAUAACUUCAUUAGAACACACAGAAGAUUAUGAAAAUGCAUAUUGUGAUGUCUCCUCUUCUUCCAACAUCAUGUAUUCCAUGGAAUACCAUUUUGCUUGUAAACGCAAUUAUAAUUCAAAGGUUCCUGUGUUUGUCAUAAA